AUGACAGCGGUUGGGUGCUCGACCACGAACUGGUAUACUAUCGAAAUUAACGUGGCCGUUGAAAAGCUCCACAAUCGAGUCUCCAUGCUUGAAGAAGUGAUCCGUGUUGUACAGAGGAACAUGGCCUUCAUGGUAGGCAGAGAGAAAGGGUUCAUCGUGAUUUACUCUGGCACAAUUGAUGGUGCUCGAGAAGCCUUUCUCAAUGGGGUACAUUCAAUACUCAUGGAAGAUUGCAAGUCACUAGAUGCCGGUGUGAAUAAAUUAGCUAGAGUAUAUAUUGCCCAGGAGAUGUUUGAUGAAAUGCCUCAUGAAUUAUCUGAUAGUCAAGCCAUCAUCAAGUUUUCAUCGCUUCGAUAUUGGAACUAUAAUGUAGUAAGUUAUCAUGAAAAAGUGAUGGAUGGGUUUUAUGAUGUGUAUGGCAUUACCUCAAAGCUGGACACACAAGGGAAGAUGCCUUUGUCGGUAGAUCUUCAAGCAAUAUCCAUUUCAGAUAAUGUUGACUAUGAAGUUAUUUUCGUAAAUCGUUUGGUUGAUCAUGAACUUCAAAAGCUUGAGAAGAUAGCAUGUACCGUAUCCAAAGAGUAUCGGGUUUCUAAACAAGGCCAAAUUUUAAGUGGUUUGAUUCAGAAAAUUGCCACUACAAUUCGUGAAUAUUCAAGCAAUUACAGUACUUCCUCAUCAAAACCAAUUUUCCCUAGUAGAGAUGGUUUGCAAGGAGUGUUGUCCAUGGCUGGAUUACCUAAGCUUCACCAGUUUGCUGAUGCAUUUGCAAAAUCGAUUCCAUUCAGUAAUCCACGUACACGGCCUUUACAUACUUCUCAUGCUAAAUUGCAUCAAUCUAGAGAUGAGGUAUAUGAAGUCCUAUCUACUUUGCUUGUAAUCUAUGGUGGAGGGAAAAUAUUCUUGGGUUUGCAAGUUUUAGGGGAGAAGAAAUGUGCGCCUCAACUACUUGAUUUUUCGCUACUUAAUGUUGUUUUUAAGCCAUUUGAUAAAGGAAGUGAGCAUGGGUUUAAUAUUAGAGAUCUGUUUGAUGUUGGGGAUGGUGUUAAAUACUUCCAUGUCAAGGUUGCUGGAUUGUUAAUUGUUGCUACAAUAAGAGUUAACGUGUCAUCUUCUCUUGCUUUGGAACUAUUACAAGGAAUUGCAUGUGUCAUCAAAGAUUACUUGAGAACUUGCAAUAUAUGGUCAAAGAAGGCAGUUUGA